CCUCCCCUCCCCCUUCCCCCCUCUCCUCUGCUGCUCUCCCGUUCCCCCGCCCACCCUACCCGCCCGCACUUGACCAGGAUGGCUGCUCCGAAGAAUGUCCUCCGCUACCUGCGCGCACCCCCGAGUACCUUCGCCUUCAUCGACAAUGCCUAUAUCUGCCUGAGCAAAAGCGCCAGCACGGCCUCCCUCUCUGGCUUGAACGAGGAGACCCUGCCCCCUGGUGGCGGCAACACCUGCGACCGGUCGCUGGUCAUGGUGGAUCCGGCCACCGGCCUGCAUGUGGCAGAUGUCCCGGCCGCCGGGGUUGAUGUCGUCGACCGGGCUGUGAAGGCAGCCCAGCGGGCCUGGUACCCGGCCGAACAGCCAGCCACCGGCCCUUCGGUGGGCUGGCGCUUCUCCACCGGCCAUGAGCGCCAUUCGAUCUUGACCCGGCUCGGGGAGCUGAUCCUCGGCGACCGGGAGCGCCUGGCCCGCAUCGAGUCUCUGACCAUGGGCAAGCCCAUCGAGGCGGCCCGUCAUGAUGUUGACGAGACCGCGGCCACCUUCGCCUCGUACGGCCGCCUGUCGCAGCACUGCUUCGCUGACAGCCAUGCCCACUGUGCCAUGGACGCCGGCCCCGGUGCGGCGCCCGACUUCGGCAACGCCUUCCGCGCGGCCGUCGGCGCCCCGUGGAUGGCCGACAUGGAGGGAUUCCUCUCGCAGGGUGCCUUCCGCGCGCGCAUUCUCUCCGAGAGCGUGGGUGUCGUCGGGCAGGUGCUCCCUUGGAACUUCCCCCUCACCACGGCUGCUUGGAAGAUCGCCCCGGCCCUGGCGGCCGGCUGCUCGAUUGUUGUCAAGCCGAGUGAGUAUUCGCCAUUCUCCCUUUUGGAGCUGGUUGGGCUGGCGGCCAAGGCUGGCCUGCCGCCCGGUGUGCUGAACGUCGUCAUCGGCGAGCAGGCCACCGGCUCGGCCCUUGUCAACCAUGCCGGUCUGAACAAGAUCUCUUUCACCGGCAGUGGUCGGACCGGGUCUAUUGUGGCUUCGGAUGCGGCCAAAAACCUCAUCCCCUGCACCAUGGAGCUCGGCGGCAAGUCGCCGAUUGUCGUGUUCGAUGAUGUUGACAUUGACAAGGCCGCCCAGACGGUCCUCGACGGCUUUGUCUUCAACACGGGCCAAGUGUGUACGGCCACCACGCGCCUCAUCGUGCAGGAUACCAUUCGCGACCGGUUUGUCGCCCGGCUGGCGGAGCUGGCCGCCCAGGUGCAGACCAUCCAUCCGCUGGAGGUCCCGGCCGCCGGGGCCCCGAAGCAGACGCGCAUCGGGCCGGUGGUCUGCCGCAAGCAGGUGGACUUCAUCCGCGCGCCGAUCGAGGCCGAUAUGAAGACCGGCCACUCGAGCAUCAUCUUCCCGCCGCUGCCCAGCACCGAGGGCACUCCCCUGGAUCAGUGGCAUGCCCUGUGUCGGUCUGGGCACAUCAGCUUCGAGCAGACCGAGCGCCCGGCCCGCGAGGCCACCCUCCUGGCAUGGGACAUUGCCGAGGACUUCGACCCGGCGUCCCCGGCUACCGCGGCCCCGGAGCCCCUCCCCUUGGCCGAUGGGAACUUCGUCCGCCCGGUCAUCGUCCAGGUCAACUGCACCCAGUCCAGCCGGAUCUGGAAGCAGGAGGUCUUCGGACCGGUGCUGGCGGUGGCCUCCUUCUCCGAUGAGCAGCAUGCCCUGGCCCUGGCGCAUGAUACUGAGUUUGGCCUUGGCGCGGCGAUUCUGUCCGGUGUGUCAGACGGCCAGUCGCAGCUGCUGCCUGGCCUCGAGCAGGUCGCCUGCGCCGAUCGCCAGCGGCGCCUGGCGCGCAUCGAUUACAUGGUGCGCAACCUGCGCUCCGGCUAUGUGUGGGUCCAGAAUAGCCAGACGGCCCCGGUCUUCUUGCCCUUCGGGGGUGUUCUGCACAGCGGCUAUGGUCGCGAGCUCAGUAUCCACGGCUUGCAGAGCUAUCUCGUGGAGAAGAGCGUCCUCGAGGCGGUUGGUCGUGCGGACUAAGCCGAGCCU